AUGCCUGCUCGCAGUCGUGCACGGCAGGUUGCUAUGGCGGGCUGCAUCGUCGUCGUUGUCGCAUCACUGUCUUCGCUCGAAUUUUCUAGCUCUGUACUCCGUAUGUCCUAUAGCGCAUUUACAGCACUAACUACGCCAGCUCUCGACUGCCAGCUGGAAGCGGCUGAGCUGCCAACUACUCCGUACAGUGGGGCUGGCCGCUCUUCAACUGCCACCUACGUAAUAUUACGUGUGAUACUCCGUAUUCUGUACCUCAUUCCAAAAACUACCACCUCUCGAACCUCACUUCUACAGCAUCUCACAAUGGAUGACAUAGCCAUCUACCAUAUCGCCACCUUGUCAUGGAUCGGCCUUCAAGGCCUUUCCCUCUUGGCCGCUCCGUCUUUUGUCGUCUCCUUGUUAGCGACCGACUUGCAUGUAGAUGACGUCGCCAUCUACUUUGCCCGCGCCCUCGGCCUCGCCCAACUGUCCUUUGCCCUUCUCGUCAUUGUCCUGUCAGGCAUCCUCCCCCUCGGCUCUGUCGCCGACAGCAGCACCUCCUCCUCAUCGCCCUAUGCCUCUGCCGCCGUCUUCGUGUCUACCAUCUACCACUCUGCCGCAGCCUUCUAUAGCUACGGCUGCUACUACUCCCGCGUCUACGCCUCUGUCGGCGCCUACGGCGUUGGCUGUGCCGGCAGCGGCUUGCUGGCCGCUAUGGGCCUUUGGUGCCUCCUCUUCGCCGGCAGCAAUGCCGGCCACAUCAGCCGCCGCACUGGCGCCGACAAGCGCACCAGCGGCUUUCCCUUUACAAACGCCAUUGCCGACAAGAGAAAGGCCUAG